AUGGACAAUUCAGAUCAUCGCUCCAAACGUCGCCGACUAGAGAGACUGUCUACGCAGAACAUCAGCACUCCCGAGACUAAACAUGUUUAUUCGCCCAUCGACUCCUCGUCGGAUGAGCUCGCGGCUCUCUCCGACCAUGACGAGCAACGUCGUCGCGUGAGCUGGACUGCGCAAAAGGUGUACCCGCCUAAAAGACCGUACCGUCGAACGCGGAGCUUCAGCGGCUCAGAAUCUCCGGAUGAACUGGCCGUCGAUGCCGACGUCUACUGGCGGUCCCGCAACCGCGGACGCAGCCCGUCGCACUCCGAAACCAGCGCCCAGGAGCAGCUGUCAGAGCGCUAUCAGGAUGACGAGCUUGAGGCAGAUGAAGAGGAGAGCGCGGGGGACGUAGAGGUUGACCAGGAGUAUUCGGACCGGUCGCCUACGCCAGUGCCUCCGCCGGCCCCUCCGCCGCCGCCCAAGCCGGAGAAACUGACUUAUCAGCAAAAGUUCUUGCUAAGAGGGCAUCUGCGGGGGGUAUCGGCGGUGAAAUUCUCUCCUGAUUCUACCAUGAUCGCCAGUGGAGGGGCCGACGGGGCCGUCAAGGUUUGGGAUACGCGCAGCGGGAAGCUCAUCCAUACAUUCGAGGGGCAUUUGGCGGGUAUUUCUACGAUAUCGUGGAGUCCGGAUGGGGCUACGAUCGCGUCGGGGUCGGAUGACAAGACCAUCCGGCUGUGGAACGUGUUGACGGGCAAAGCUCAUCCAAUUCCAUUUGUCGGCCACCACAACUACGUCUACCAAAUUGCCUUUUCCCCAAAGGGCAACAUGCUGGUCAGCGGAUCCUACGAUGAAGCUGUCUUCCUAUGGGACGUUCGGUCCGCCAGUGUGAUGCGGUCGCUGCCAGCGCACUCCGACCCGGUCAGCGGGAUCGACGUCGUGUGGGACGGAACGCUCAUCGUCUCCUGCGCCACGGACGGGCUGAUUCGGAUCUGGGACACGGCGACGGGCCAGUGUCUGCGGACGCUCGUGCACGAGGACAACCCGCCCGUGACGGCGGUCAAGUUUUCGCCCAACGGCAAGUUCGUGCUCGCCUGGACGCUGGACGACUGCGUGCGGCUGUGGAACUACGUCGAGGGUCGCUGCAUCAAGACGUAUCAGGGUCACGUGAACCGGAAAUACAGCUUGCUGGGCGGGUUCGGGAUCUACGGGCUGCCGGGGGCGCCGCCGGAAGCGUUCGUCGUCAGCGGAAGCGAGGACGGCUCGAUCCUCUGCUGGGAUGUGGUGAGCAAGAAGAUUCUGCAGCGGCUUGAAGGGCAUAAUGGGGUGGUGCUGGGCGUGGAUACGUGCAGUCUGGGAGGGCAGCGGCUCAUGGUGAGCUGCGGACUGGACGGGACGGUACGGGCCUGGGAGGAGGUGGAGGAGAAGGAGGAGGCAGCCGAAAGUGAUGAUGUCGCCGUGAAAGCUGAAGUGAACGGAGACGGUGCUGACGAUAGUCGCAUCGGCAAUGCCGCAAAUGGAGUCAUCGCAGACGAAGCAGUCAACGGUCUCAAAACCGAACCACCUACUCCGCAACCCCAAGAGGGGGACGGCCCUGACGAAACCAAAGACCAAGACGGCGACACACCGAUGGAAUGA